CUGGGGGAGAGGGGCUGCUCCCACGGGAUGAUCCCACAGGAGGGGAGAAGGGAGCCCAGAAAUAGCAAGUGCAGUUGCAGAAGGCGCCGGUUGCCAUGGGAUCUUCACAACCAAAAAUGACGGGGCUCUGGCAGUGCAAGAAGGGGCCCUUUCAUGUGUUUCUAUGGGAAGUCAGCUCCUGGCCACAGCCUCCAGGGCUGGAGCCCUGCCCGGGCCAGGAAGGAUUUGGGGACACUGCUGCUGGGGCCUGUGAAACUCCCAGGAGACCCUUGCUUGGUCCAGGAGGUUUUUCCCAGGUGCAGCUCAGAGAUCACUCGGGACUGACACAGUACCUGUGCCUGGUAAAGGGGAGAUUCCCUGUUCCUCCUGCUGGGCCUGCUCCCAUCAGGAAUCCCCCAGUGUGGAGGAUUUUCCUGCUGCAGCUGAGGAAGCUCAGCCCCUUCACCCUGAAUCCCCAUGGGAUGAACAUCUGGAACAUCUCCAGCCACACACGGAGGAGGAAAAGCUGGGAGCUGGAAAAACUGGAUGUGGGGACAGGCACGGCCACCCCACGGAGCUCCAGAGCUCCAGAGGCAGCGGCUCCAUCCCGGGAAGGAUCGGGGGAGGACGGGGAUGCGCCGGGGAAGAGGAGAGAGAACCCGCGGGGAGCGGGGCUGUUUAUAACAGAACCACAGCCCUGGCUGCAGGAGAGGCUCGAGAAGGACGAGACGGGGAUUCCUCGGAGUGCCAGGCUGAAAUGACCUCCAGCAGAAAGACUGAAAAUCACUCCUGGAAGGAGGGAAGUGUGGAUUUGAUGUGGAUAUUUCUGAACAGGACACCAAGGAGGGCUCCCACAGCUCUGCCAGGUUUUCCUCCCCAGCUGGGAGCACCAGCCUGGAGCUGGGACUGGGAACAAACAUCUUGUAUCCACUAAUCCCACACUCCCCUGGACUCUUGGUCUUCCCAAAGCCAAGAAGCUCCCAGGAACUGGUGUUUUCCAGCAGGGAACAGCCUGCCCAGCUCCUGGGGCUGCUCAGGGCCAGCCCGGCAGCCGUCCAAGGGCUUUUUAUCAACUGGCACCCAAAAGUCAAUAAGGAAGAUGCCGCCUGUUUUAAUUAACAGCAAUUUCGCACUGAUGGGGGUGAGCUGAUGUGCCAGGGGGAGGGAGGGA